UAAAAAGCUUUAAUAUACUAAAAUGGCCGCCCUGUCACUGUAUUUGUUGAACAAGUCGAUUUUCUUCUUUUAUUAAAAAAAAGAAAAUUAAAAACACAAUAACAACGACAAUUGUUGUAAAUAACAAACAUUGUGCAUGUUUUGCUGCGGGAUGGCAUGUGAAGCUUGUUCGACAAAAUUUUCUCUCUUCAAGAGAAAAGUAAAAACAAUGCAUGGAUUGCCUGCGAUUUUUUUGUACAGAUUGUCUUAUUAGAAGGGUUGACAGGGUUUUGUGCUGCGAUAAUUGCAGCAUGCUUUCACGUAGACCUGUAAUUCGUAGUCAAAUUCAACAAAUGCGAUCACGUGAUUUAAGACAGUAUUUGGUUGCUAAAAAAGUUUCUGUUCGCGGUUGUGUAGAAAAGGAAGAUUUAGUAAAUUUACUCAUAGUAUUUGCCAACGACUGUCACACAAAUAAUGAUGGAUUUGAAAGUGGAGCGUUCGAUAGAAGUCGAAAUUUUUCAGAGAGAAAUCAAGACGACUUAUCGUCGAGACGCUCGCGAAGUCCGCCCAUUGAAAGGCCAAUAAUGGAAGAACCAAGGCCAGAGAGAAUUCCCGAGCCGGAAAUUGUUGAGGAACUGUCGAGGAAUGAAGUUGAAAUUGAAGAAUUGUCAGGAAGCGAUGAAAUUAUUAAUGAAACGGAAGAUCAACCUGUGAUAAUUGAAAACGAUGAAAUCUCCGAAUCGUCCAUUAUCAGAGACACUGAUUCUCAUUCGAGAGGAAAAAUAGUCGAGUUGUCAGACAUAAAAGAAGUUUCGGAUCUAGAAUAUUUAACUGUUAAACAGUUGAAGGAUUUAUUGAGUAUGAAUCGAGUUGAUUUCAAGGGUUGCGUUGAAAGAUGUGAAUUACUCGACAGAGCGAGUAGAUUAUGGGAUGAGCAUCGAAAGUCCAGAGAAACAAAUAUAGAAACGAUGGACGACGAGACACUUUGCAAAGUAUGUUUGGAUGCACCAAUUGAAUGCGUUAUUUUAGAAUGUGGUCACAUGGCUUGUUGUAUAAAUUGCGGUAAACAAAUGUCCGAAUGUCCAAUUUGUAGGCAAUAUGUCGUGCGGGUCGUGAGAUUUUUCAAAGCCUGAAUAUUUAGUUCAUAAUUUUCGUUUUUUUUCUAUUUUUUUUCGUCUUUUUUAAUUCAUAUAAAUUUAUUUUCUCAACUGGUGACAAUUUCGUAAAAUUGUAAAUAUGCUUAAAAAAAAGAAAGGAAAAAGUGUAAAAUUUGAUCAAAUCUAUUUUAUUCACUUUAUCUAUUAUAAUUACAAUUAGAAAUAAGGCAACAACAAAAAAAAUGUACAUAGGCGUAAAUUUAGUCAUAUCAACAAAUUGCUACUUGUUUUUUUUUAUUAUUAUUAUUGACAAUAUAUACAAUAUAUUUUUUCCUCCAUUUUAAAAAAAAAAUUUUAGAGAAAAUGUGAAUGUUUAAAAUUUACAUUUAAAUAUAUUUUUUCUUCGUCUUUUUGCAAAUAAAUUGUUUUUUUCUCUUUUGGAUAGAAAUUUUUGUCGGGAGAAAAGAAAGAAGGAAUUUCUUUUUGUUAAUUCUUUAAAAAAAAAAAAAAAAAAAAAAUCUGUAAACGAGCAACGACUGUUAAAUAAACCAAAUCAAUUUAAUAAUUAAAA